ACGAGUGAUUGAGGUGUAGGCACCGAGACAGUCAGCUUGCGACAGAAAAACAAACGAGGAUAGGUCGAGCAGUACACAGUCAGCUCAUGUUUUAAAAGAAACAAAAAGAAACAGUAAAACCAAAGGAUAGGUGGAUUUAAACGUUAUUUGUGUCGGUUUUACGCGGGCUCAGUUAUUUAUUGUUUGGUUCUCAUUUUGGCGGAGUGUGUCACCGUUUGCCCAUUCUCACUGGAGUGAGCACUAAGGAGGACUCCAUGAAAGAUGACGGAGGAGGUGAUUGUUGUAGCCAAGUGGGACUACACGGCCCAGCAGGACCAGGAACUUGACAUCCGUAAAAACGAGCGUCUUUUCCUCCUGGACGACUCAAAAACCUGGUGGCGUGUCCGCAACGCCGGCAACCAAACGGGCUAUGUGCCAUCAAACUACGUUGAGCGCAAGAACAGCCUGAAGAAAGGCUCACUGGUGAAGAACAUCAAAGACACACUGGGUUUGGGAAAAACUAAGAGGAAGACCAGUGCCCGUGAUGCAUCCCCAACGCCAAGCUCAGACACAGAGUACCCCUCCAAUGGCAGCGGGGGCGGAGGUGGAGCUGCUGAAAGGAUCUACGACCUCAACAUUCCCGCCGUGGUCAAGUUUACCUACACAGCAGAGAGAGAUGAUGAGCUGACCCUGGGCAAGGGCUCCAGGGUCAUAGUGAUGGAGAAGUGUAGUGACGGCUGGUGGCGGGGCAGUCAGGCAGGCCGUGUGGGCUGGUUUCCCUCCAAUUAUGUCCUGGAGGAGCUUGGUGGGGCUGAUGACAGAGAGGAAGGAUAUUCCUCACAGGGCUACCACGUAGGCUCUCAGGGAACUUUGUUGGCCAAUGGGCAAGCAGGCGGCCUCGGUGCAGUGCUCCACUUGGUUCAAACACUCUACCCCUUCAGCUCUGUGACCGAGGAGGAGCUGAACUUUGAGAAGGGAGAGGUCAUGGAGGUGGUGGAGAAGCCUGAGAACGACCCUGAGUGGUGGAGGUGUAAGAACUCACAUGGCAUGGUGGGCCUGGUGCCUAAAAACUAUGUGGUGGUGCUGGAUGAGCGGCCUGGCCUGCCCUCCCCUUCGUCGAGCUCCCCGCAAAACCGCUUGGUGGCACCGGCACGCUCAGGGAAGUUCGCUGGGAGGGACUGGUACUACGGCAAAAUCACCAGGCACCAGGCCGAGUGUAUACUCAACGAGAGAGGAGAGGAGGGCGACUUCCUUGUACGAGACAGCGAGUCAUCGCCCAGUGAUUUCUCUGUGUCUCUGAAGGCGGCCGGUAAGAAUAAGCACUUUAAAGUGCAGCAGUCAGAGGGAGUGUACUGCAUCGGCCAGCGCAAGUUCAACUCCAUUGAUGAACUAGUGGAGCACUAUAAGAAAGCCCCCAUCUUCACCAGCGAACAUGGAGAGAAGCUGUAUCUGGUCAAAGCUCUGCUGUGAUUCACACAUUCUUACAAAUACACUGGAUCUCACACACAAACACACGCUCUUCGUACACACUAUACACACAUAAUACUAAUGCCACCCCCUAACGGUCUUAACUCAAGCCUUAGCUCUGGACCCUCCUUGCUGUGGCGUCUGUACUAUAUUCAGUUUUUUCUGUCGCCCUCCAGCGUUGAUCAGGUCAAACUCUUUCUAGCUCUACAACCGAGCAGUUAACCCCAAGACGACGAGCACGGUCAGCAAAUACCCAGCUACAUCCUUCAUGUACAGCACAGUGCAUAAUAAGCCUCUGUCUCUUGGAUGUGCUAACACGUGCAGUGACGACAUCUGCUGCAAACAGAAUGCCUGAAGCCUUGUUGGGGGUUGAGCUCUCCUUCUGAUGUCAUACACAAUGUCCAUUUACUACUGCACAUUGUAGGUUACACCAUUGCUCUUAAUCCACAUAGGAAGGCAGACAUUUAACAGUUCAAAGAGGACUCGAGCCUCUGACAGACCUUACCUGUCAAAUUGCUUGCCAUGGGUUUAUUUUGUUCAUUUAUUUAAAAAAAAAAAAAAAAAACUAAAAAAGUGCUUGUUCCUGAGUUAAUUUUAAUUUUUUUUUUUUUUUUUUUAAGAUCAUUUAAAUUCCUCUCUGGAGUUUUGAAUCAUUGCUCUUUCAUACAGUGACUUCACAAAGUGACCAGAAUCACUCUCUUGCCUUUUCUCCUAAUUUUCAUCAUUCCUCUACAUGAUUUUCUCUAUUUCAAACUGUUUCUGUCUCCACAGACCCAGUCAUUAGUAGUGAUGUUAUUGAAAAUCUGGAUACACUACUUCCUGUAAUAUUUCUAAAAGGCAUUCGGGGGAGCAUUAAUGCAAUAGGAAGACCUCUGAUUUCCUGUAGAGUUUGAAUGUGUUUCAAUGUAACCAAAUGUGCCACCCUGUACUCCUACUACUGGCUCCAGGUCUGUACUGCACUCACCAUACUUGGCAUCCAUUCAUAGCUCUAUGCUCAUGCUUUAUAUUGUUUCAAAUUGAACAUGUUUCUAUUUUGUUCUCCAGUAUGUCUGUAGCUACAUGUUUGCAUACUGACCAUAGAAAUGGAAUGAGAGCAGAACGGACUGUUUGCCGUAGUCAUUUAACUAGUUCAAAAGAAAAUCACGCCCAGCACUGUGCAUUGACUAUAGAAAUAGAAUGAGUUAGCCCGCCACAACGGUCACAGUUCUUUUCAACGGUACACAUCAAAUGUCCGCCGCUCUGACCAUCCCGCUAUGUUGAUUUAAACGGGAAUGUUCAUUCUACUCUCAUUGUGAUAAUAAAUAAUAAUAAAAAAUAAAAACACUUUUGCUAACACUUUUGCAUAACUACACUUGAUCUGCUCCAGCGAAUGAUCGCAGUCAUACAAGAGUACCUCUUCUGGUGUUGUGUUUGUCAAAGAUGAGUAUAUCUUGUGAAUCUUGUGAUUACAGAAAAUUGUGAGAAAAGUGUCAUUAUACAAAAAAGAAACUACUCACUUUAGUGAUUGACUAUGACCUCCAUGCCUUUAACUCUACACUCAUCACAUAACACAUUGUCGAGAAAUAAUUUCGGAAAUACCUAGUAAUUCAUGAAAUCAGUCCCAACGAUGACCGUUUGCUAAACCCCGAACACAGAUUGUCCAGUCAUAGCCGACGAGACAUUUAACGCGAAGAGUUUGGAGGGAGAGUGAUUUAUUUCCAAACCUUUCCAAAACCGAAAGCUUGAAUAAAAGUAUAAGGAAUGGAUUAAACGGUGUGUUCAUCUGCUCUAAUGUAAUCAUUAGCAUGCCCGGCUAACCAGCUUACUACCUAGCUACAGAAGUAACCGAGCGUCACUUCCAAGGCCAAGGAGCACUAUACUGAAUUAGCUAGUUAGCUAGCUACAGCUAGCUAAUAAAAUCUGCCAGCGGCAGUUUGUCAUUUAAGGGGCUGUACUCAAUAUUCAGAGCAUUAAUAUAACAGUGAACAAAUAUUUUCUAUGUAUAUUGGAGUAAUGUCCUGGGCAGAGAAUGAAGUCACGCACUCCCCUCUGUGUGUGUUGUAAUCGGAGCUUUGUUUUGAUAGCUGGUCUGGCCACGCAUGCAUGUCGGUAUCUGACGCAGGGGGAGAAAGCGUCGGUAUUUGACGAAUUGGGGAACAGUCUGUUGGAGCCGUGUGGAGGCAAUCCAGACUUCUUUUUUUUUUUCCUGUAUAUCAAGUACAGCUCCUUUUUAAAAUGGCGAAACCGGCCAUCGCUGGCUAGAUAACAUUGAUUGCCUUUGUCUGCCUCUGGCUGAAACAAGGACCCGCUAUUUUCAGAAAUUAGUACUCAGUUUUGAGUAGUCAAACUGUUAUUGAUAUUAUUUUAAAGCUGCAUGUGCUGCUCAAGACUGGACAUUUGGACAAGUAUAGCAACAGUAACUAAGAGGGCGGGGCUUAACAAACAGUUUAUAAUAAAAGUCAUCUUUUACUGUCAACAAACCAAAUAUACUGUCAUCUGGUCUAUAAUGGAAAAAAAAAACAUUCUAGUCCUACCAAACAUUUUCCUUGUCUAUUUCCUUUUUUAUUGUACAUUUGUUUACCAAUGGAAGUGUUGUUGAUCCCGGGGUCCUCAGCUUUUAUAUGAUAUAUCUGAAUGUUAUUGAACAUCGUUAUUUAAUUCUUGUCUUCACUGUAUGUAUAUAAUCAAAAAUAAGAUGAGGUGCAUAUAUGAAUCGCUAAGAUCAAACUAUGGUACUGUAUCACCGACAACGUGAUGAGAAUUGAAAUACUUUUGUUCAAUAAAAUCUUUUGAAGAAUACUAAAUUUA